AUGGGAAUUCGGCUCAAGAAACCUGAGGAUGUGCCCGGAGCAUCAUGGCCAGCCAUUGCCAUCUCUAGCUUCGUGGCCUUUGGAGGUGUCUUGUUCGGAUAUGAUACAGGUACCAUCAGUGGCAUACUUGCCAUGCCCUACUGGCAAGACCUUUUCUCCACUGGCUAUAGAGACAGUACCGGACACCUCAAUAUUACCUCUAGCCAAUCAUCUGCCAUUGUCUCCAUUCUGUCGGCCGGAACAUUCUUUGGUGCUCUCGGUGCCGCUCCUUUGGGAGACUCUAUCGGCCGUCGGUGGGGCCUGAUCGCUUCCAGCGUGGUAUUCAUAUUGGGCGUAGUUUUACAAACAGCUGCUACUGGAAUUCCGCUAUUCCUCGCUGGUAGAUUCUUUGCUGGAUUUGGUGUGGGCUUGAUUUCAGCCUUGAUUCCUCUAUACCAGUCCGAGACCGCGCCGAAGUGGAUCCGUGGUUUCAUCGUCGGUUCUUACCAGCUAGCCAUUACCAUUGGUCUACUCUUGGCCUCGGUGGUGAACAACUCAACCCACAGCCGGAAUGACACCGGCUCUUACCGCAUCCCAAUCGCUGUCCAGUUUGCAUGGGCUAUUGUGUUGAUUGCUGGGAUGCUUGUCCUACCCGAAACUCCUCGGUACCUUAUUAAAAGGGACAACCAUGCCAGAGCCACUAAGAAUCUUGCGAAGCUUCGGCGUCUACCUGAAGAUCAUCAGGCUAUCUCGGAAGAGAUUGCUGAGAUACAAGCCAACCAUCAAUACGAGUUGAGCCUAGGCCAGCCCAGCUACCUUGAAUGCUUCCAAGGCAAUUUGGGAAAGCGGCUACUCACUGGCUGCGGUCUUCAGGCUCUGCAGCAAUUGACCGGCAUUAAUUUUAUUUUCUAUUACGGCACGCAGUUCUUCAAGAACUCCGGAUUCGAGAACGAGUUCGUCAUCAGCCUUAUCACCAACUGUGUUAAUGUGGUUUCGACUCUCCCUGGUCUCUACGCUAUUGAUAAAUGGGGCCGCCGGCCCGUGCUGCUACUGGGUGCCGUUGGCAUGUGUAUUUCCCAGCUUCUGGUCGCUGUCCUAGGAACGACAACCACCAGCCAGGAUGCUGCUGGUAACAUUAUUGUCAACAACAAAGCGGCGCAGAACGCUGCAAUCGCCUUCAUCUGUACCUUCAUCUUUUUCUUCGCUGCAUCAUGGGGACCUAUUGCUUGGGUCGUUACCGGUGAAAUCUUCCCUUUGAAGAUUCGUGCUAGGUCUCUAUCCAUGACUACCGCCACUAACUGGCUGCUCAACUGGGCCAUCGCUUACUCUACCCCGUACUUGGUGAAUUAUGGCCCGGGGAAUGCAAACCUGCAGUCCAAAAUCUUCUUCAUUUGGUUUGGAUGUUGCUUCCUUUGUAUUGCUUUCGUUUACUUCAUGAUUUAUGAGACCAAGGGACUUUCCCUAGAGCAAGUGGACGAGCUGUACUCUGAAGUCAGCAGCGCGCGGAACUCCGUCGGCUGGAAACCAACUGUCACCUUCACGCAGAUUGUUGGAGAAAAGCAAAUGUCGGUUAGCCAGAGCCACCACACUGAGCACGUGGAAGAGAAAGCUUAA